AUGUCUGCAGACCAACCUGUGGACAACAGCAUGUACCUGUUCCUGCACGAGCACCAGGCUCCUCAGGGCUUUACGAACUACCUUAAAAGGAUGGAGGAAUCCACAGAGGUCGUCACCACAGUGGAGGCUUUGCAUGAAUACAGGAAGCAGAUUGCCUGUAGCCGGCUACAAAAUCCGGGCGAUGCAAAAGAUUACUGCAUAGUGUGCGCCCUGCUGGAGUGCGAUCCACAGCACAGCAUGAUAGGAAUGGUGCAGUGUGGGACAUGUCAUCAGUGGGCCCAUUUGGAAUGCGCCAAGUACACCGACGAAGAAAAUUACACCUGUCCAAAAUGCUUGUGAUUGAAUAAAUGCAGAAUAAAAAAGGAAUGUUUAA